UGCAAAUUUUUAGGUUAUAGAGCCUUCGUGUCAAUAAAUUGUGUACAAUCGUUCUUUUAAAAAUUUUAUUUAUUGUGCAAGUGUAAGGUCUGAAAAAUCGCCAAAAUGAGAUUUGAUAUUUUAAAACUUAUCGGCAAAAACUCAAAGAGAUAUGCCAAUCUACCAGACAGUUAUAUCAAGAGAAAAAUGGAAAGGAUAUAUUGGAAAACUCCGGGUUGGCCUAGGCAUCUUCCAAAAACUCACCAGAAAAAGAAAUUUUACUUUGGUCUAGAGCGGCCUUGGACCAAUGAAUUUAGAAUGUUGAAUCCAGCAUCUGAAAUACCUAAGCAUGAACAUGUUGAGCCCAUUUUGAACUGGUCAUUCUUUAGAGGCGACAGAGUGGAAAUUUUGACUGGUCCUGAUAAGGGUAAACAAGGAGUUGUGUCGGUUAUCUACGAAGAAAAAAAUUGGGUUAUUGUUGAAGGCUUAAACACUAUUAUUGAUUUCGUGGGUAAGAACAAAGAUUUUCCUGGCAUACCCAUGCGAAAAGAGAUGCCUUUGCUAGUCACAGAAGAUAUACAGCUAGUAGAUCCUCAAGAUCUCAAAGCAACAAAAGUUGAGUGGAGGUAUACAGAAGAAGGUGAAAAAGUACGUGUUUCUCUCCGAACUGGAAGAGUGAUUCCGAUUCCUCCUUCCCAUUAUGAAACAAUCGAUUACAAACUACCACGAUCAUAUAAAGAAAACGACGAAAAAGAUACUCUAAAGGCUAUUGUUGAAAAAGUUACCUUCAAACCUGAGUUGAAAACUUUUGAAAUGGACAUAAUGGAAAAAAUGGGAAUUAAAGAAGACCGUGUUCAAAAACCAACUUACUGGUAUUGAGUCAGCAUUACUGUAUGAAAAUUAAAAAAUACAU